AUGGAGAUACUGAGAACAGUGUCUGGAAGUUAUUUUUGGGAUCUAAUUCAGAAACUGAACAGCGAGAGCAGACAACUUGAGGCUAUCAAAUUUGUCCAUGCUCUUGACUUAUCUGACAAGUACCCUCCAAAUGAGGCUAUUUCCAAAGAGCUUGCUGCUGUGAAAGCGGUGAUUAAAACUGUCGAGGAAUGCAAGCUUGAAUCUGAGUUUUCGUGUGAGGAUCUUCAGAAGCGUAUUACUCGGCUGGAACAACAAAAGGCAGACAAGAAACGAACUGCGAGAGCUGCUACUGCCACGAACUCAAGAACUUCGAAGCAGCAGCAGCAUCCUUCCAAUAAACGGCCUCGAUCAUCUACAACCUUAUCAUAUCCUGUUCGUUCUCACCCUCUUCCUUCAUGUGCUCAAAAUCAGUCCCAUUUGGGUUUGACUGAGCGGUAA